CACCGAUUGAUGUGACUGAGCAGCGGCUGUAAGAAUCUUAGAUUCAGAUACUAGUUACAAGAUACAGGGCCACUUGAGCAACAUGAACAGCACGCGCCAUGGUCAUAGGCCGCUUGGCAUAAUUGUGAUCUUGUGCCUUAACGGAAUCGCCUUGGCCUCUGCGGUUGCCUUUUAUACAGAAAAGCCCGACUUUCUGCCGUCUUGUCGGAUCUAUGAACCCGGUUUUACAAAAUGCUCAACGAACAGCAUUCAGAAACUUCUAGAUCAGUUGAAUAUUGGUAUUCCGGAGGUGUUGGAACGCUUCGGUCCUUUCGAUCCCAUGAAGGUCAGAGACAUUGUUUUCAAACAGGACAACAACGAAGUGGCCACUAUUCGAGCCAACCUGACCGAUCUAGUGGUCAAAGGAUUUUCAAAGACAAAGGUCAAGGAGAGUCGAGUCAGCAAAAAAGAUUUUGGCUGGCAAACUAAACUGUUUUUGCCAAAAAUGAGACUAGAUGGUAGAUAUGACAUGGCUGGACGUAUUCUGCUUAUACCUCUCAGUGGAUCCGGAAAGAUUUUCAUUGAAAUCGAUGAUAUGGAUAUCCUGCUGAUAACCAAAACACGUCUCUAUGAAAAAGGUGGCUUCACCUUUGACAAUGUAACCUCCGUUCGUGUCCAGCAACUGAAUCUCACAAGGGUGCGCACUUACCUGGACAACCUAUUUAAUGGCCGAAGUAAGGAAGUCGAGCGCAGCACUAAUGAAUUCUUUAAUGAAAAUUGGCGUGAUUUCUACGAAGCACUGAAGCCAUUAAUUAUCGAAACUGUUGAAAAUAUUCUGUACGAUGUGAUGUCCACGGUAUUCCAUUUGAUUCCUGCAAACUUUUUUGUGGAGGAUAUACCCACGCCCCAGCAAUUAUAUGGUCCCAGGAAAAUUAGUUAAAUUUUGAAAAAGUUGCAUUAAACGAAAUAAAUGGGAUUCCAAAUAUCCAAAUGGAAUUUUAAAUUCAUUGCAACUAUUUA